CCAGUUGCCUAUAUUAGCAUAAGUAAAUGACACCACUCAUAGAAGAGCACCUGGUACAGACAGGAAAGAACUUAACAAGCAAGCAUGGACUUCAUUUUACUUGAACUGCUUCUGAUAUGCAUAGGCAUUUUAUUGAUUAUUUUCUUCACCAUUUACUUCCUGUGGCCUUCAGUGCUGCUUAAGUUUGGGAUAUGGUAUGGUCGACAGAGAACUGGGUUGCAAGUGAGAUAUGCUGAGCAUAAUGGCUACAGGUUCAGUUACGUGUCCUGUGGGAAGCCUGGCCUUCAGCCUUCCAUUCUGAUGCUACAUGGGCUCACACUUAACAAAGACAUGUGGUUAAUUACCCUCUUGUUUUUCCCUAAGAACAUCCAUGUGGUUGCUGUUGAUAUGCCUGGUCAUGGGGAUACCACUUGCUUGCCAGGAGAUAGCUAUACUGCCUCUGAUCAGCUUAAAAGGUUACACCAGUUUGUGGAGUGCAUUGGUCUGAACAGAAAGCCUUUUCACCUGGUUGGCAUCUCCAUGGGUGGACUGUUUGCUGGGCUUUAUGCUGCUAACUAUCCAUCUGAAGUCUGUGGCUUGUCUCUCCUUUGCCCAGUUGGCAUAAGGUGUCCAAAAGAAACGGAGGUCAUGAAGCGCUUGAAGGAGCUGUGUACAAACCGUGUCACUGAGAACAUUCCUUUCAUUCCUUUGAAUACCCAACAAGGAGAAGAAAUGCUCAGAUCUGGCACAUACAAUCAAAUCAAGCUACCUAAACAGGUCAUAAAGGGAGUCCUAGAUAUGCGAGCGCCGAACAAUGAUUUUUUCCUAAAAUAUUUCUUCGACAUGUUCAGUGAUGAGUCCUUGUACGGCCUUCAUGACAACAUGAGCAAGAUCAAAGCUCCAACACAGAUCAUCUGGGGGGGAAAUGACCAGAUCCUGGAUUCGUCUGGAGCAGCAAUUUUAGCUGCAGGCAUUCCUCAUUCCCAAGUUCAUAUCCUGGAGAAAUGUGGACACGCCAUUGUGCUAGAUCUCCCAAAGUUUUCUGCACAGCUCCUACUGGACUUCCAUGAGUCAUUUUCUUGUGUGAAGAAUAAGAAACUGGCAUAAACUAAAAAUUAUGCACCACAAUGUUUUCUUCCAUUUGAUCUUGUUACCUUGGAUAUAGAAGUACUUGCUUAUGUAUUUCAGUCUGUGAAAACAAAUGUUACAAGAAAUACAUUAGAUUCAGGUGGGUAGCCAUGCUGGUCUGAAGACUUCAAGUAAAUCGUAAGGAGGAGCUACAAUAAAGAUCCCAAAUAGUCAAGGGAAAAGGGUUUGGGGAAAAGAUUUGACAUUUCUGAGGUAACAGAAAAGGGUAAGUGUAGGGAGCAGUGUUCCCUCUAAGCUGAGUUAGUGUGAGCUAGCUCACAGUUUUUUAGUC